AUGGGUCUAUUCGAAGCAAUAUUCGGGAAAUCCGUUACCCCUCAAGAAAGACUUAAAAAGAAUCAAAGAGCUCUCGAUAGAGCUCAACGAGAAUUAGAAAGAGAGAAAAGGAAGCUUGCCACUCAAGAGAAGAAAUUAAUUCUUGAAAUUAAGAAAUCAGCUAAAAAUGGACAAAUUAAAGCUGCUAAGAUUCAAGCAAAGGAUUUAGUUAGAACAAGAAAUUAUAUGGAAAAAUUCGAUAAUAUGAAAACUCAACUACAAGCCAUAUCUUUGAGGAUCCAAGCUGUGAGGUCAAGUGAUCAAAUGACGAGGUCAAUGAGAGAAGCGACAGGAUUAUUGGCUGGGAUGAAUAGAUCAAUGAAUUUACCACAAUUACAAACAAUUUCCAUGGAAUUUGAAAAACAAACUGACUUGAUGGAUCAAAGACAAGAAUUCAUGGAUGAAGCUAUUGAUAAUGCCAUGGGUGAUGAACUAGAUGAAGAUGAAGAGGCUGAUGAAAUUGUUAAUAAAGUAUUGGAUGAAAUCGGAGUAGAUUUAAACACUAAAUUACAGAAUACACCACAAGGUGUAUUAUCGAGCAUGAAUGCUAAUGAUGAAUUCACAGAAAAUAGUGAUACGAUGAAUAAGGAACCUGUAAUAGAAGGUAUGGGAGGUGGACAACAACAUCCGGAUGAUGACUUACAAGCUAGACUUAAUAAUUUAAAAAAACAGUAG